AUGUCGACCCUGGCCGAUCAGAUGGUCCACCCCGCCAUCCACCUGGACGACCUCAUGGACCUGUCUGGGGACCCGACUUCCGACAUGGCCGAUCCCCAUCUUGCCAUGCCCUUUUUUGGAAACCUCAGUGGCAAAGAAUCAGACCAGCUCACAGUUGACCCGUCAACCUGGGGCAACUCUCUAGACCCCAACCCAUUCGCAGAUUCUCCCGAAGACUACACAACCACCAACCCCCGCAUCAAUAACGCCUCUACUAUUGCCGUUGACGAUGGCGCUCUUGAGCUUCAGGUCGCUGACGCAGCCUCCCCUCGUCGCACUGCUCGCACCACGCGCAUACAGGGCAAGUCCUCGCGAACCUUGAGCAAAUCGUCUAUUCCCUCGCUGUCGUCCGGCCCUUCGUCACCUGGCGCCAAGCCUGCCCGCGCUAUCAGAGCUACCAAGAAGCAGGAGCCCAGGGCGGGCAAGACAGCCAAGGCAAACCCUUCAGCACCAAGCCGCAGCACCCGUGCAAGGAAGAGGGAACGUCAGCCCUCAGAAGAUGACGUUGACGGCGGUGGUGGCAUCGCUGGUGGCGAAGGUGGUGACUUCAAGCGCACAAAGUACCUGGAGCGCAACCGGAUUGCCGCCUCCAAGUGCCGCCAGAAGAAGAAGGCAUGGGUGUGUGACCUCGAGACUCAAAAAUGCGAGCUCGAGGUCAUGCACUCCAGCCUCCAACGUGACUACACGUCGCUCAUCGACGAGAUCAACCAGCUCAAGACGGAUCUCAUGAACCACGCCGGAUGCGGCGACCCAAACAUCGACGACUGGAUCAACGCCGAAGCCAAGCGCUUUGUUGUCAAGAAGACAAAGGAUGACCCCGAGCCUGCUCCUGCCGCCACCCUCGUCGACGAUGACAAUGACGACGACAACCAGCAAUUCUCCUUGGCUGCCGGUGACCUAUUUGACAACGACCCUUCCAUGGUUGGACAGUCGCCCACCCUGUCCGAUAGCAUCUUUGCGAUGUCGCCAGUCAUCAAAAAUGAAGAGGAUAUCAACUAUGAUCACAUGCCUGAUGACAUGUUUCAAUAG